AUGAUAGGACAGUGGUCCAAGAUAUUUCUAAUCGCACUAGCGUUGACUUCACCGGCACUAGCGUCGUUUCAAGCUGACAACGCAGCAGACUUGCAGUUGCUUUGCACCGCAAUAGCCCUAGACGGCGCAGAGCCAACCAAACUCACAACGGCAGACUCCGCCGAAACGACAAUAAAGCAUGCGAGGGCGCUAAACAUGUCAGCCGCCGACGAAACCUGGCAAGAAAUAUUCGUAGGCGGCAAGAGCAAAAACAGCUGGGAAGCAAAAAAGCAAAAAGUAACAGGUGAACCGUUCAAAUCUCACUGGGAAGCAGACUAUGAUAAAUGGGUGGAGGACAAAGAAACAGUUGACAGCGGCACUGGCCAAAGUAAGUGGCUGACCCUAAACCCCCGGCCCGCCUCAGCGCCAGCAUUACAGGCAGCCGCGGAAAAAAUAAACUCAACCCUAAGACAGCUACUAAAACAACAAGCGGCGCUCGAAACAGCGACAACAGAAGCAACGGAAACGUACCCAAACGAAGCCAAAGACGAGCUGAUACAAGCGCUCUACGGGACCGGCGUAACGCAACCAAAGUUCACGGACGGAAAGACAAUAAAACACGCAGCGACGUACGCAAACGGCUGCGCAAAGAACGCGGGCCUUUCUAUCUACGGCGACGUAAUGUGUAUCUGCGGCACACAAUCAGCCGACACCAGCGACCAGUGCGCAGACCCAGUCAUCGCCAUAAAGUGGAGCGGAGGCAACGAUCAAAGCGUCAUAUCACAAUUAAAGGCCAAAUGCAAAACACUUAAACCGGCCGAAUACACGGCAGGCGACCUAGAAGCCUUAGUACAACGCAUAGUAGGCAGGGUGCGCAGCGCCAAAGGCGCAGGAAAUGACGUUAUACAUUACUUAGGCAAAGUUAACCUCGGGACGUGCACCGGGGCGAACAGCCAAGCAUGCGCGAUAUACGCCAGCGACAGCGGAAAGCACAGCGCGAUCACAGGCGGCCUAAACAUCCCUUGGCUAAACCACCUUGCAAAAGCAGCCAAGGCACUGCGCAAAGCAGAAGCCGCAGCGAAAAACACAGAGACAUCAAGCAAACACAUCAAAAUUUUAGCAGACGCAAUACAAACCGCAUACUCUGCGACACGGUACAACAUGAUGGGAAAACCAGCAGCAGCACAAACCGAAACACAAAGCAAGAAAACAGACGGCGAAGACGGAAAACAACACCACUGCAAACAGAAGACCAACCAAACAAAAGAAGAAUGCAAAAAACUUGGCUGCGACCAUGACGAAAAGGAAAACAAGUGCAAACCUAAAGCAGGAACAGAAGACAAGGUAGCAGGAACAGGAGAUGCCACAACUCCAAACUGUGCUAGCCAUACUGAGAAAACUAAAUGUGAGGCUGAAAACACCGGAAAAUCUAGUCCUGUUUGUGGAUGGAGAAAGGGUAAAGAUGGGGAAACAGAACCAGAAAAGGAAAAGUGCCGCUCUUCCAGUUUUCUCUUAAACAAGAAAUUCGCCCUCAGCAUGGUUUCUGCUGCUUUUGUGGCCUUGCUGUUUUAA